GAAAUCGUUGCUAAGCUGCUUGGCAAUCAACAAGGUGGGCACGAUCUGCCUCUCCCUAUUUUAGGGGACUGUGUUUUGUUUAUAAUGGCUUGUGGUUAAUUAGUCGCUGUUCGCCAUUUUUAACAUGGCGCCGUGUAUGGGCUCGCAUUUUGUAUUGAGAAAUUAGGAUUACCACUGACAAUGGGACUUAAGUCAUUCCUAAUGUUUCUGGUAAUGCUGAGUGCAAUGCGCCUGGGUCCCACUGCAUACAAGGACCUUACAUGUGUGGAGCCCGUGCACGGAUACGCCCAGAGGGUCGUCCAUUUUUUCACCGCGUCAGAAAUAGAGAAAGUGUGUCCAACUCAUUUAGACGUGGCAUGUCAAAUUGGGAACGAUGCACUAUGCACCCUUUUCAGUAAGCUUCUGACCCUGCUGGUGGUCCAUAUGUCAUGGAUUGGAAACACUCUUACAAAGAAGUGGUCAAGCAUGGUUUCAAAGGCGCAAGAAUGGAAAAAUCGUCGUCCCCUUUGUGGUUACUGUGGAACCGCUCCGUGCCAGGUCCUGAGAAGAUCGAAAUGGCAUCCGUCAGGUCCUCGUGAAAGGGACGAAGCAAAUUUCUCCGAGCGCUCUAACGCCAUGAUGCUCUUCAACUGCGGUUUGGAAGUGUCCACAAUUCUGACCAAGGAGCUGCCUCAGGACGAACUUUACUGGACGAGAAGGUCCUGUCAGAAGUUUGAGGAAGAGCAGUUGAGUCUGUUUCCUCUGUGCAUUCAGCGUCAGAUCGACCUCUGGUAUCCAGUCCCACGCUAGGUUCCUUCUGCUGUUCACUGAGAAGAAUGCCGAUGAUGAUGGAAGUUACAGUUUCGAUGUUAUCGAUAAUGCGAUAUGUCAUAUCAUUUUGAUAUUUAACUGUGCCACAGUUUAGUUUUAGAUUGUCUUUUUUCCUAUAAAAUCAGAAAAACUA